AUGCAUCUCGAUACCGUUGAAUGGUUGUUAAAAGCCGCCAAGGGGAAUGAGAAACCAGAGAAAAAUACUUCUUUGGAUGAUUCUGUUAACCCUGGAGUAAAAAUCGUCGUCGAACUUCUUGUUAAUGUUGUUUCUUCAAAGCAGUAUGCAAUAAAGUUGGUCAAAGAUUAUCCUGAAUUUGUUGUUAAGUAUGAUAAUGUACUGAUGGCAAUAGCUAGAACCUUUCCCAGCGGGCUAGACUUUGGAGAAACACUUAUAUAUCCAGUUUUGGACAAUAUUUGUACAGAGAUUAUGGAAAGAGCUAAGUGCCUGCUAUUAAUAUUACAUAUCGAGAAGAAAAAGAAGGAACGGGAAAGAGCAAAAGAGGUUCUAAAAUUGGUAUGUGAAGCAAUAGACAAGUCCCAUAUUGCUAAUGCUCAUUCUCACUAUUACACCGGACCCAUUCUUGUGGCUGCUCGUAAAAAUGAUUAUGAGGUUGUUGAUGCGAUUUUAUCGAGAUCCCCUGAAGCAAUUCAGUAUAAAGAUGAACAAGGGUAUGACAUUAUACAAUUAGCUCCUUCCCAGAAGCUCAAAUGCUGUAUAGGUGCAGAAUUUCAACUACAAAGAGAGCUUCAAUGGCGAAAGGAAGUCAAUAAACUCAUAUUUCCAGCAUACAUUACCAAAGAGAACAUUUUUAAGGAGACACCAGAUAUGGUGUUCACACGGGAACACGAGAAUUUGAUGAAGGAAGGAGAGAAAUGGAUGAAAGUUGUAGCAGAAUCAUGCAGCAUCACCGCAGGACUAAUUACCACAAUAGUGUUUGCAGCAGCCAUUAAAGUGCCAGGUGGAAUCAAUCAAGAAUUUGGCAUCCCUUUGUUUAUACAUAACACUGCCUUCACCAUCUAUGAUGUAUCAGAUGCAAUGUCACUAUUUGCAUCCAGUACAACAUUACUAAUGUUCUUGUCGAUCCUCACCGGAUGUUUUUCUGAGCAAGAUUUCCUACACCGUCUUCCAAGAAGAAUGAUUAUUGGUCUUGUCACCUUGCUCCUAUCUACAACUGCAAUGAUGGUGGCCUUCGGCACAACAUUGUACCUUGUCUUUUGUUAUCAAAGACCAUGGAUGGUUGCUCCAAUUUGUGUAUUAGCUUUCCUCCCGAUUGCAGUGUUUAGUACUCUUCAGAUCCCCAUCAUAGUUGAUCUAUUUCAGUCGACAUAUGCACGCAUCUUUGGCAAGCCAAGCAACAAUUUCCGCAUAGCAUUUAAUCUGAAUGAUAUCCGGUUGUAUUUUGGCAAGUGA